AUGUCUGGACUUGACUUUGACCUUAUCAAAGAAGUUAUGAGUGCUUACGAUGAUAUUUUUAAGCUCAGUUCCAAUGAUCCAGCUGAAGUUACAAAACUUUUCAAUCAAAUCAAAACAGUUUUAAUUAAUAAACUUAAAAUUCCAAUUUCAGAUCUUCUCCAAACAAUUAACAAGGCAUGUUACUUCCAUGAUCGCUAUGCAGAAGGAUAUUUCCUUUUGGUCAAGCAGAUUAUUGAAGAUUCUCCUGAACCAAAGCAGAACCCAUUCAGAUUCUGUCCAACAAUGCAUGAAUACAUCGUUUACAUUAAGGAUGAAACAAUUAAGAAUUAUUUCCAAAACAUUUGGCACCAAAAUGCCCCUUACGAAUGGUGUUCCCCUCAUGCUGAAGGUGAUAUUUUGAACAGUGUAUUAAACUGCGUAAUGAAUGAUGACGAUACGAAAUUCCCAAUAGCAAUAUUUAAUGUUGCCGAUCUAGAUAAGUAUUCUUUCAAGCAUCCAGUAUUUGAUUCACUUACUUUGCUUGAAUGGUGCUUGUACUAUGGUGCUGAAAAGUGUUUCAAUACUCUAGUUAAGAAUUUUAAUACGAAAAUUACAAAGAAGUGCCUCGAAAUGGUAUUUAUCAGUGGCAAUAUUAGCAUCCUUAAGAAAUGCCUUAAAAAGAAGUCUCCAACACAAAAAUGCAUGAGCAACGCAAUUUGUGCACAUAACAAUCAAUUUGUUAAAAUAUUUUCUGAUGAUUUUUCAGUCAAUAUCCAUGAUUGCAUUUUCUCCAGAAAUUUCACAUUGGUAAUAACUAACAAAGGCGAGUUGUUGGAUUUUGCAAGAAUUCUUUGCGAAUUUAACUUGCCUGAACUUGUGAUCAAGAUUGCAAAUGAUGCAGAUCAUCUUAUCGAGGAGACAAUCAGUGAUCUUCCAUUGAUUUGUGUUGCAGCACAACUUAAUAAUGUUGAAUUUGUAAAAUUCUUACUAGAAAAGGGUGUCAGUGUUAAUACAAAGGGCGAAAUGGGAAUGACACCAUUGCAUUAUGCAGCAAUCUACCAUUGCACAGAAGUUGCACGUGUUUUGAUUGAGAAUGGCGCAGAGAUUGAUGCAAAGGAUGAUAAGGAUUGGACACCUCUCCAUCUUGCAAGUGAAAAGAACAAUUUCGAAACUAUGAAAAUCCUUAUAGAAAAGGGAGCAGAUGUCAAUGCUAAGCAUGAUAAAGAUGCAACAACACUUCAUUGUGCUGCAGAUCACAAUUGUCUUGAAGCAUCCAAGAUUCUUGUUGAGCAUGGAGCUGAUGUUAAUGCUGUUAAUUCAGCGGGAAAGACUCCACUAAUGUAUGCAUGCAACAGAAAUUGCACAGAAACAGCAUUGUAUCUUAUUGAAAAAGGUGCUGAUAUUGAGAAGAGAUCAAACGAUGGAACAACAGCAUUCUUGUGUGCAUGUAGUUCUGGUGAUAUUGUUCUUGUCAAGAAACUCAUUGAACUUGGUACUGAUGUCAACCAAAGAGAUGAUAGUGGUUCUACAGGAUUGCUGAGGGAUAUCGUCUGCAAUAACUAUGAGAUCACAAAGCUUCUCAUUGAAAAUCAUGCAGAUGUCAAUGCAAAGAAUGAUAUUAAAUUUACUCCACUCCAUUAUGCAGCCACUAAAAACAACAAGGAUUUAAUUAAUCUCCUCCUCGAAAAUGGAGCAAAAAUUAACGAGAAAGAAGGUAUUAAAAAUAACACUCCUCUUCACAUGGCUGUUUUGUCAAGUGCGUAUGAUGUAAUCGAAACACUUUUGGAGCAUGGAGCUGAUUGUACUAUUAAAAAUGAUUAUGAAUUGACACCACUCGAAUUAACUGAAUACGCAAAAAUGGGUACACGCAAAAUGGAACUCCUUCUGCAUGAAAAAACAGAGGCCUCUCGUAGAAAUAAUAACGAAUAA